CCAGAGGCUCUGUCUCUUGUCUGACAGGUCUCCCUCCCCGGCUGCCUGCAUCCUUGGUCACUCCUCACCUCAGCUGGAGGCAACUCUGAUUCUCUACACACCCCAUCCAUGAGUGGCUUCGAGGACGCCUGACGCCAAGUUUAGACUCAAGUUCCUGCCUGGACGUCCCAACUGCCCACUGCUGGGCUAGGUGACUCCCUGUUCCUGCCACCCACAGCCACGCCAGCCUUGGGCUGGCCUCCUCCGCCAGUCUGGCCUCUGAGACUCCAGUCCUGACUUUGCCUGGCCACCAACCACUGGUCUCCACACCCAUCCCUCCUGGAAUCCAGGCAAUGUUGCCUCCAAGCAACGACCAGGUGCUGCUACAGAACACAGUGCCCCCUGGACGCCCCCCAAAAGGGCCCCCACAACUUCACCUGCAGACUCCAGCUCCCUGGCACGGCUCCCGGCCCUCCCGAGGCCCCAGCUCCUGUUUCCCCUCUUCUGAGUCAAAUUCUGACUUUGUCCUACAUCCCUGCUCCUCCUCUCUCUCCAGCUCCCCUACAUUCUUUCACCUCAACCACCCCACUUCCUCCCACUCCUACAGCCCCUCUCCAGCCCAGCUGCCCCAGCCCUACUGGUCUCCCACUCUGACCCGCUCCUCCUACCCCUCACAGCCCCAGAAUUCCCUGCCCUGCUCCAGUGGCCAGUCUCCGGCCCACCAGGGAGGCCUGCCCAGUUCCACCCUCACCUCCUCCAGCCCCAGCCUCCCUCCUUGUGGGCUGCCCCCUGACACACAGACAUGGCUCUGGCCUCAGCACGAGGACCUCAGCUCCCCUGGGCCAGUGCGGGGUUGUGUGGCAAGCGCAAGGGACCCCUCGGAGUUCAGGGACCCCGGAGCCCUGGCCCAGGCCCUGGUGGCCCACCUGGGGCCGCGCCGCAUCGCCCACGACCUUCGUCUCCUGCUCCUGCAGCGCCUGUGGCUCGGCAGGACAGGUCAGGCCCCCGUGGUGGAAUAUCCCAUAUGCCUGGAGUGCCUGCAGCCACGCAGCCCCUCCUGCCCCAUCUCCAAGUACAGCACUGGCCCUCGGCUUCUGGCCUUCCCCCAGCUGCUGCCCUGUGCCCAGGGUGGGGAGGAAGGGCCCCUCCGCAUCGGCAUUGGCUUUGGCCUGCGCCUGCCCCAGGGCCAGGCCAGGGCCUUGCACCUGUUGCCAGAAAGAAAGCAGGAGGAAGCAGGGGCUCGGCGAGAGGCCGAGCGGGCCCGGGGCUGUCAAGCAGGGGCAUCAGCCACUGGAACCCCAGGUACCCCCUCCCAGACCGGGAGUCUCAGAUCUGCAGGCCGCCAAUCGCCAAGCUCCAGCCGGUGUUCAGGGUCUCUGCCUCAAGUGCCAAGACAGGCCACGUCCUCCAGGAAGCCCAGGCCAUCCUCUCCCACAAAGAGGCUUGCCUCCCCGGCACGCAUCCUCCUAAACUCAUCACCCUAGUUCCAGAGCCACGGAGGGUCCCUGGAGCGCCUUUUCCAAGCCCCACCACCCCUGCCAGGCCACAGAUGUCAGGGAGCCCCCGGGACACCCUGAAGGGCUGGCUGGCUGGAGGCCAGGUGCGUUCCCCAGCCCUGAACCCCGGAAGCCCUUUGUGGAGCCUGCUGUCUCCAGGAUGAAGAGGACCAAGGGCACCCGAGGCCCGUGCAGCCCUCAGCAAUCCAUUAAAACCUGACCCUUGCAAA